UAAUUAAAGUUGUAAUUAAUUUUUACAAUUAAUCAUUUUUAGUUUAACAAAAGAGCGCGCGAUAAGUCAAUUCUAGGAAUCAUAUUUGAAAUAACUGUCAACAAAUACUUCGAAAAUUUGAGGUUAUGUUUUGUUUAAAUUCCAACGGUCACCCAAAGACACUCUCGUCGUUAUUUAGCUGAAAAUAAUUUAUUACUAAAUAUUUAAAAAGUCUAUAAUUAAUAAAAUUAUCAAAUAAUCAUUUACAUCGCGAUUUAAAAAAAAACAUAAUGGAUUUUUCACCAGAGUCCGUUCAUUCUCUUCUAACAGAACUAGAGUUCCCGGUUUCCAUGGAAGAUCUUAAAAAUCCAACAGAAUCAUUCAUGAUUAAAUUUAUCACCGAAUUUUUUCAACGUUUUCACAUCGACGUUGCAACUCUAACUCAGCCGGCAUUUGAUCAAGUUGACGUUUUGAAAGUAACCGGGGAACAAAACGCGUCACAUAUCGUCUGUCUAUUAAAUUUAUCAGAAGUAAUUGGAAUAAUUGGUGACAAAAUAUUUGUGAAAGAUUUUACAGUAACCGACAUUACAUCACCGGGAUCCAAGCGCACCCGUAAGAUACUAAAAUUCCUCGCCAACUUUACUCUGUACGCGCAAAAUGCUUCUGCUAGAUUGCAAGAGGAGACAGACAAAGUAUUCGCAGAAGCUGAGCGAAUUGAAAAUAUCAAGAAGAAAACUGAAGAGAUUAAGGAGAGAAUGAACAAACGCGCUGCUGAGAUGGCGAGUAUGAUCGCCCAGACAGAAGCUAUGGACAAAAGGGUCAAUGAAAUUCGCAGCAGGAUGAAGAAGAGACAGGGAAAUAUUGAUAAAGUUUGUCAGCACAACGCAAAGUUGCAGAGUAAAACCAGUAAACUUGAAGAAAUAGUUAAAAAUAAAUACAUCGAUGUGAAAAAAUUAGAGUCUACUGUCGAGCAAUUGAAGACCAAAAUAGUUGCUGACCCAAAUCAAGACCAGUUGAGACUUCAGGAGCUGGAGAAGGAACGUGAGGAUAAGGAAGAAAAGAGGAUAGCGAGUGAGGAAGCGAUUCAGCAAAAGAAACCGAUGAUUCAACAUUUUGAAAAACUUUUACUGUUCAUUGCUCAGUUGCACAGCAAACUUCCUGAUACAUUCAAAUUUCAGAAACGUCUGAUGGAAGAAUCAAAACGCUUUGAAGUUUUGGAUCGUCAGCUACAGGAAUUAAAGGAAGCAAUCAGCGUUGAAGAGAAAUUAUUCCAUGAAAAUGAUGAAGCAUUACUGCAAGAAGAGAUAAAAAAAUAUGAAGCUGAGCACGAAAGCAAUCUCGUGAAGCUGCGCAACACCCAGACGAAAUUGAUAAACAAAAAGAAAAGUCUGGAAGAAAAAAUAGCGGACAUGAAAACUCAGCAGUUGGAAUUUUUGUCUGAGCUGGACAAAGUUAAGAUAAAAAUUGCUGAAAGUGAGAAUAAGGUUACAGAAUUUUUGAAACAGUCUCAGCUUUUGUGCAACGAAGACAUCAAAGACUUCGUCAAGGAACGUCUGGAUUAUGUUGCCCAAUUAGAAGCUCUGGUGCAUCAGACAGAUCCAGAAUCUCCAGUCUAAGUAAAAUUAAACGAAAUUUUUCAAAUCUCGCGGGAUUUUUUGGCGAUGGCUCCCAGGUUGAAAGGAAUCUCAAGGAGAAUAAUAAUUUUUUUUUAUUUUAUCCAGUAUUAUAUUUUUUUCUUUCUUUCUUUGCGAUAUAUUGCUUGUUAAUUUUUUUUUUUUAAUACAGUAUUAAUAUAAUUUUUUGUUUCUUUCAUCAGUUUAUUAUUUAGUUAAAUAAUACUGGGUAACAUUAAUCGCGUUAAUUAAAAUAACUGUGAUAAUAAUAAUAGUCAUAGUUUACAGUGGAAUGAUCAAAAAGGAAUUGAACAGUAAAUUAUAUAAUUGUGCAGUAAAUUAAGAGUAGAAUAAUUUUUUAAAUUUUUCGAAGCUGUAACAAUUAAAUUAAGUACAAUUAAAAUAAAAUUUUCUAUUGAAAUAAUAAUGAUUUUUACUUUAUUAUUAUGACGGACAAAAUUUGAAGGAUUUUUUAAUUAUUAAAUUGAUAAUUAUGCAGUAAUUUCAUUGGCAGUGUUACAAUUCUACUCACAAUAUCUCUACUCAA